GCAGGUAUUCCGGGAAUCCUCUGGGCUGUGUCAGCUCUUGGAAGGCUGACUGUUGGGGUUCUGGGACCUUUUCCAGGCGCACCCAGAGGAAGUCUCCCCCCCUCGGGGCUGCCACCCCCCGAAGCACCCCAGGGUGGCCCCGCAGAGAGCCCGCAGCCAGAGGAAUGGCCCCCGGGACCCCGAGGCCCCCCUCCCAGGGGUCAAUAGCAUUCAAGGAUGUGGCUGUGGACUUCACCCAGGAGGAGUGGUGCCUCUUGGACCAUUCUCAGAAGGAGCUGUACCUGGAGGUCAUGCUGGAGAAUGUGCAGAAUCUAUGCUCUGUGGGGCUUCCAGUUCCUAGAGAAAAUUUGAUCUCCUAUUUUCAGCAAAGGAAAGCACCAUGGUUGCUAGAGCAAAAAGGCCCAAGGAGCUCCUGCCCAGAGGCAGAGACUAAUUUUGAAGUGAAAGAGAUGACUGCAAAGCUGAGCCUUUUUGUGAAAGGAUCUGGCCCCCAAAGAUGCAUGAAUGAGGAUCCCCAUCACUUCAUUUUGAGACAAAUCUGUAACUCUAACAUCAAGGCAAAUAAAGAUCCGAAGACUGACUGUGAAUGUGAUGAAACUGCAGAGAAAUUCAGCCAAUAUUCAGUCCAAAAUCAGAAUAUGAAAUUGUCCUCAGGAAAUAAUUGUUGUCAGGAUAGCAAAUAUAGGAAAUGCUUUCCUAAAGAAGUAGAACUUGUUCAGUAUCAUGAGAAACCUCCUGAAAUGCCCAUGUAUCAAGGUAACCUAGGGGGAAUGGCCUUUGGUUACAGGUUAGACAUCAUUAGACAACCGAAAAGUAAACAUGUCAAGACGGUUUCUGUGAGUGAUAAAGGUAGGAGACCUUUCAGUCAGAACUCUGAGCUUACUGCACAUCAAAUAAUCUACGCUGGAGAGAAACCUUAUGAAUGUAAACACUGUGGAAAGGCUUUUACAGAGAGGGGGACUCUUGUUGCACACCAGACAGUCCACACAGGAGAGAAACCUUAUGAAUGUACACAAUGUGGAAAGGCUUUUAAACGGAGGGACUAUCUUACUGCACAUCAGACAGUCCACACUGGAGAAAAACCUUAUGAAUGUAAACAGUGUGGAAAGGCUUUUACAGUGAGGGGCUCUCUCGCUGCACAUCAGAGAAUCCACACAGGAGAAAAACCUUAUGUAUGUAAACAGUGUGAAAAGGCUUUUACAUGGAAGGUCUCUCUUGCUGCACAUCAGACAGUUCACACUGGAGAGAAACCUUAUGAAUGUAAACAGUGUGGAAAGUCUUUUACACAGAGGUGCUCUCUUGCGGUACAUCAGAAAAUCCACACUGGAGAGAAACCUUAUGAAUGUAAACAGUGUCAAAAGGUUUUCACACAGAGUGCCCAUCUUGCUGCACAUCAGAGAAUCCAUACUGGAGAGAAACCUUUUGAAUGUACACAAUGUGGAAAGGCUUUUACAGAGAGGAGAUCUCUUGCUAUACAUCAGACAGUCCACACUGGAGAGAAACCUUAUCAAUGUAAACAGUGUGGAAAGGCUUUCACACAGAGGGGCUCUCUUGCUGCACAUCAGAGAAUCCACACUGGAGAGAAACCUUAUGAAUGUAAACACUGUGGAAAGACUUUUAUAGACAGGGAAUCUCUUGCUGUACAUCAGACAGUCCACACUGGAGAGAAACCUUAUGAAUGUAAACACUGUGGAAAGGCUUUCACAGUGAGAAGUCAUCUUGUUAAACAUCAGAGCAUCCACAUUGGAGAAAAAAUUUAUGAGUGUCAUCAAUUUGGAUAGGCUUUCACAUAAAGCUCCACAGUUGCUUCAUGUCAGAAAAUCUUCACAGGAGAGAAACCUCAUGAGUGGUAUUGAUCUUAUAGUUGUUACUUUUAGAUUAUUUAACUUAAGAAGAUCCACACUAGGGAGAAACUUUAGGGAUAUAAUGAAUGUGGUAAGGCCUUCAGGUAACAAUCAUCUCUUAUUCUCAAGUGAGAAUUCCUUUUGGAUAGGAAUCUUACUACUGUCAUGAAUGAAGAAAGACAAUGAAAUAUCGAGUCCAGAGCAUGGAUUCCUUGUAGGAAGGCUUUCAGCCAGAGAUCAUUUCUUACUUCAUAUCAGAGGAUUUAUAGUGCAGAAAAAUCUAAUGUAUAUACUCAAAUUGUAUGUUUUCUUCAGGAGAAGGGUGAUCACUAUUAUUUAAAGAAAUGCAAAUUAUAGUAAGUCUGAGGGGCCACCCUGCAUCUGUUAGAUUAGCUAUAAUGACAGAAAAGGAAACUGACAAAAGUGGAAGGAGAUAUGGGAAAACAUGCGAUACUAAUGAGCUCUUGAGUGGAGUUGUGAACUGUUUCCACCUUUCUUGAGAGCAAUUUUGAACUAUGUCCAAAGGGUAUUAAAAAAGAGAAAGGACCUAUAUGUAUUUUUUUUAAAAAACAACACUUAAAACUGCUCUUUUUAGGGCAACAAAAGAAUUGGAAAGUACAAAGAAACUCAUCAAUUGGGAAAUGGCUGAGUAAAUUGUGGCAUAUGAUUGUAAUGUAAUACUAUUGUUUUGUAACUAAUGAGAUGAAGCAAGAGUUGAGAAAAACCUGGAAAGCCUUGAGAAUUGAUGCAGACUGAAUUUAGCAAUACCAGGAGAAUCACCACACAUUGUGACAGAAAUAUUGUAUGCACAACAAUGCUAUGAUUUGAGUUAUUCUUAACAAUACAAUGAUCAAUCCCAAAGGACUCAUAAUAAAAAAAAUUUUUUUUUCAUCUGCUUGCAGAGAAAUGAUGAAAAUUUUUUUUCAGUUUUUAUAUUUUUGAUUGAGUUCCACAGAAGGAUCAAUAUUGGAAAUUUUUUUAUAGGAUUGCACAUGCAAAAUCUGUAUGAGAUUGCUUAACAUGUCUUAGGUGUGGGGAGAUAAUCCAAGACUCAAAAAAAUUUUUUAAUGUUGGACAUUAUUUUUACACAUAAUUAUUUUCAAAAAAUUAAAUGUGAAAUGAUGGAGAAGAGUUGUGUGUUCAUUGGUGAACAACAUUCUUUUUUGCUAGCAAAUAUACAUAUAUAUAUGUUUUUUCAGUAUUAAAUUUUUUUUUAAUUUAAAGCA